AUGGCUGCUCGCUUGACACACCUGCGAAAACCUCUUGCUUAUUCUCGGUCCUGCAUUCCGUUUUCUCGGCCAAUCUCUUCCUUUGAAGCUGUUGAGAAGGCUAUAAAAGGUGCAGUUGAAACGAAGGAGUAUCUUCAAAUCCCUGAUCUCGUUGUCUCACUCAAAGAGCCCUACCAAAACUCAAAGCUGUUCUCUUUUCUCUCUGCUUUCCAACGCCAUCAUCGAAUCCGAGUCAUUGACGAAAUCCUGCAAAGCUUUGUUCCCGUGAGACCUCGUUCUCUGCCCAAGAUUGUUUACUCCAGCCUCCUUACUUACUGCCUUCAGAGUUCCGAUCCUCUUCCUUUGUCCUUCGCAAUCCUCCAACGCACUCUUCGUUCUGGCUGUCUUCCCAACCCUCAGACUCACCUCCUUCUCUCUGAUGCUUGGCUUCAACGGCGACGAGGAUCACAGUCUGUUGCAGACGUUCUUAACGAGAUGAAACUGAUUGGAUACAGUCCUGAUACUGGAACCUGCAAUUACUUGGUGUCCUCUCUCUGCGCUGUUGAUAAGUUGGACGAGGCGGUUAAAGUUGUGGAGGAAAUGGGUGAAGCUGGUUGUAUUCCUGAUGUGGACAGUUACGGUGCGGUGAUUAGUUCAAUGUGUUUAGCUAGAAAGACCAGCGAUGUGGUGAAGAUGGUGAAAGAGAUGGUGAGCAAAGCUGGGAUAUCUCCACGGAAAGGGAUGCUGACGAAAGUAGCAGCAGCUUUGAGAGCCAACAGGGAAAUUCGGAAAGCCAUUGGGAUGAUCGAGUUCGUGGAGAGCCGAGAUCACCCUGUGGAAUUCGAGUGUUAUGAGGUAAUAGUCGAGGGUUGCCUAGAGGUGAGGGAAUACAUUUUGGCAGGGAAGAUGGUGAUGACAAUGACUGAUAGAGGGUUCAUACCGUAUAUCAAGGUUAGGCAAAAAGUGGUCGAGCGUCUUAUUAGCAUCGGUGAAUGGGAACUUGCUUGUACUGUUAGGCAAAGGCUUUCAGAACUGAGGUCUUAG